AUGGGUGUUUUCACUUUUGAGAUUGAGACCCCCUCAACUAUCCCGCCGGCAAGACUUUUCAAGGCCUUAGCUCUCGAUGUCGACAAUCUCGUUCCCAAGAUUGCACCCCAAGCGGUCAAGUCCGCCGAGGUUUUGGAGGGAAACGGAGGACCCGGAACCAUCAAGAAGAUUACCUUUGGUGAAGGCAGCCAAUUCAAGUAUGUGAAGCACCAAGUUGGUGAGAUUGAUGCUGAAAACUUCACGUAUAGUUACUCCAUUAUUGAAGGUGAUGCUUUGGGUGAUGUCGUUGAGAAGGUCUCUUAUGAGACCAAGUUGGUGGCGUCCGCAAACGGCGGAUCCAUUGUGAAGAGCAUCAGCAAGUACUACACCAAGGGGGACUAUGAGAUCAAGGAAGAGGAAGUUGAGGAAGGCAAAGAAAAGGCCGCCGGUUUGUUCAAGCUCAUCGAAGGCUACCUCUUGGCCAACCCUAAUGCCUACAACUAA